GAACAAAAACACACACAAACACACUCUCUUACUUGAGAUCAACUUUCCUGGUCCCUUACUUUCCACUCCACCAAGGUACCAACCCAAAUGGCAGCAAGGCCAGCUGAAGAAGCUCCUCCUGGAGAACUCAAGUACCAGAAGUGGGUUUUGAAAGUCUUGAUCCACUGCGAUGGCUGCAAAAAGAGUGUUAAGAAAGUUCUUCAGGGAAUUGAUGGGGUUUAUACAUCAGAGAUUGAUUCUCAGCAUCACAAGGUUACGGUCACUGGUAACGUGGAUGCUGAGACUCUCAUCAAGAAGCUUUCAAGAUCAGGGAAAUCAGUGGAGCUUUGGCCAGAAAAGCCUGUUGAGAAGAAAGAUAAGAAGUCUGGAAAAUCCAAGGGUGGUGGUGGUGAUAAUAAUAAUAAUAAGGAGAAGGAAGACCAGAAGAAUAAUAAACCAGUUGGUGAUGUUGGUUCCGAUGAGGGUUGUAUAAACACUGCUGGUGAAGAUUCAGACAAAGAAGGUCUUAGUGAUGACUGUGAGGAGGGAAGUGGUGGUGGUGGUGGUGAAGGUGGUAAAAAGAAGAAAAAGAAGAAGAACAAGAACAAGAACAAGGGGGGAAACGGUGGUUCUGUUCCUCCUAAUAAUGGAGGAGGAGAAGAAAUUAUUAGUACAUUAGAUGCGCCAGCCCCUACAAGUUUUACCACUUCUAUGGCUUCCAAUGAUCUCAUUAGCCCUCCAAUUCAGCAUGCCUACCCAUAUCCACAUAUGUACUAUUCACCUUCUCCGGCAUAUGGUUUAAACUAUAACACAGCAUAUCCAAUUGCUAGUGCUUCGCAUUAUGUUGGGGCCCCUAUUAUGCCUAUGCAUGCUUAUACUUCUGCAUACUCUCGACUGCCACCACUUCCUCCACCGUCUGAUCCAAUCAAGCACUAUGGUGAUGAUGACGAUGAAUACGAAGGUGGAUAUUGCUCCAUUAUGUGACAAACUACAAAGUGGAGGAUGAUGUGCUGGGCUAGUGUUAAUUACUUAUUAGUGCUAAUACUGUGGGGGAAGUGGGGGCUUAAAUUUUGUAAUAUGCGCUACAAAAAUAGAAAUUAACUAGUUGAAAAAGUUGGGGACACUAAUAAGAAGAGGGUAUUUGAAGGUAUGGAGGGUCUUCAAUGCUUUGUACCUAUUUAGCACUUUUUUUUUGUUUUCUUAAUCUUGUGAAAACAGCUUUUGGGGUUUGCUAAAGAAAGGCCAAUAGCCUUGUAAUGUUCUGCAAUUUGUAGGACCUGAAAUCUCCCUUUCCCUCUCUAUC